CCAAAUGACACUCGAGCAUUUCCCACAGAGCUGUGCUUACAAUUGCUCACUCACAACACAACAAGAGCGUGUGUAAGGACAACGACAACGCAACCGCUCAAAAUGGUGCAAAUAUCACAAACAGAGGAGGACAUUAAGAUUUCCAUUGAACUAAAUAGACUCGUUACCCGAAAGCCGGACGUUGUCCUCCUGCCGCAAUAUUUAAAAUUUAAUAAUCCACCAAUAUUCUUUGAACGACAUUUGGUCCAGGAAAUUGAUGAGAUGGCCAGUUUUUGUCGUAUUUUCAAGCACGAGGCUCGUAUUGUGCUAAUUAAGAAGCAACCUGGCAUCUGGCCAGAGAUGUUUCAAAAACUGAGCAAGGAGGCUUUAAUGCAAAAACGUCUAGAGAUAGCCGAUCUGAUAGUAGAGCGCAACAAAAAACGAGAUGAGAUGGCUCUGGAACGUUACGAGAACAAGCGACGCGCUGAAAUUGAGAAGGAAGUGAAGCGUGAAGGCGACAUGAAAGAUCGCGUGAAGAAGUUUCAAGAGAGUUCUUGUCACGAAGCCUUAAUGGUGGGUGUGCGCAAAGAGACUCAUAUGAAGCUAAAUGGAGGGCAUGGCAAUAUUAAUGACAAUAACAGCAAUAACCGACAGCAGCCGGCAUUGGCAUCGGAAAUGCGGCAAGCCACACCAGUUGUGCGAUAUCAAUCACCAAUCGCCAUGUCAGCCGUGCGAGGUAAUGGACGCAUCAGCGUGUGUUUCUCCAGUGAGCACAAACAGGAUACACCGAAACGUGAGUCACAGGAAGGUAUUCAUAUGCCAUUUACUGUACAUGACCCAUCUAAUGGCAACGCGAUGGCCAAAGAAAACACUCCGAUGGAGACUGUAGAUGAAUAAUACUAAAAGAUUGAAACCAUCAAUAUGGUUAGGGAAAUGUUGUAUAACUUUCGUAAUAACCAUUUAAAUAAAAUGCAUUAGAGUUAAGAGCUCGAGAGAGAGAGAGAGAGAGAUCGGAACGAUUCAAUUGGAAUACUUUUUAUUUUAAAUUAGAUAAAAUAUACAACAAUUAUUAUAAUAUGCAUACACCCAUUAAUUGUAUAUUUUUAAUAAGGUUUAAACAAGAAAUAAAAAAUGGUGUUGUAGCUAUUUAUAGAUUGAUUGGUGUACGUAGCGAGUACAUGUUUAGCAGAAGUGUUCAGUAGGUUUAGAUUAAGAUAAUACAUAUAUUAUUUAGAAUAUUUUUUUGAAUAAACUGUAUAUGUAUGUAAGUUAAACGAUAUAUGCUUCGUAUAUUGCGGUUU